CAAACAGCACGCAACACGCCGAGCAACCACGUCAAGCGCGAGGCUGCUCUCUCAUUCACGGGCCCGAAUCAAUGCCCUCGCGCCCUCGGCCCUCGCCCUACUAGCGCACCCCCAUCCCUGCGUCUUCCUUCUCACCGCCGCCACCCCGCCUCAACCGCCGAUUAGCCCCGCGCAACCAUGGGCGACUACAAGCUGUCGGCCGUCCUGCGAGGCCAUGAAAGCGACGUCCGCAGCGUCGCUUUCCCCCAUCCCACCUCGGUCGUGUCUGCAUCCCGAGACUUCAGCGUGCGCAUAUGGAAGCUCCAAUCAGAGAGGCCUCCGACAUACGACAGCACCAUUAAGGUCCAGGGCAAGGAGUUCAUAAACUCGCUUGCUAUCGUGCCCCCAACGGCUGCAUUUCCCGAGGGCCUCAUCGUGUCGGGCGGAAAGGACCAGAUCAUCGAUGUGCGGCAGCCCAGCGCGGCCCUCGAAGACAACGCCGAAGCACUGCUUCUCGGCCAUGGCUCCAACGUGUGCGCCCUCGACGUUAGCCAGGAUGGGGCCUUGAUAGUAAGCGGCAGCUGGGACACAGACGCACGCUUGUGGCAGGUGGGCAAGUGGGGAAGCGAGUCUACCGUUUUGGAGGGCCACGAAGCUUCCGUGUGGGCAGUCCUUGCCUACGAUGCAGCCACUAUCAUAACGGGUUGCGCCGACCAGCAGAUUCGCAUAUUUCAACCCACGGGCAAGCUCAUACGAUCGAUCAAGACUGGCGAUGUUGUCCGUGCUCUCUGCAGACUACCUCCGAACCAUCCUUCAGGUGCGCAGUUCGCUUCAGCGGGCAACGACGCCGUUGUUCGACUAUGGACACUCGACGGACGCCAAGUACGCGAGCUGCGCGGCCACGACAACUUCAUAUACUCCCUCGCCGCUCUGCCAGAUGGGCGUUUAGUCAGCGCUGGUGAAGAUCGCACAGUGAGGAUAUGGGAGAACAACGAGUGCAUACAGACCAUUACCCAUCCAGCCAUCUCGGUGUGGACGGUCGCUGUGUGCUCGGAAAAUGGCGAUAUUGUUACCGGUGCGAGUGAUAAUCUCGUUCGGGUCUUCACGCGUGCGCCGGAGCGAUACGCUGAUCCUGCCACCAUUGAACAGUUUAACGAAGACGUCAAGUCAUCCGCUAUCCCCCAGCAGACCAUGGGCAACAUUAACAAGGAGAAGUUGCCUGGUCCGGAGUUCCUCACACAGAAGUCUGGCACAAAGGAGGGGCAAGUCCAGAUGAUCCUCGAGGGCAAUGGCAACAUUACCGCGUACCAGUGGUCUAUGGCUGCCAAUCAGUGGGUCAGCGUGGGCACAGUCGUGGACCAGGCGGGCAGCGAUGGACGCAAGAUCUCGCAUAAUGGGAAAGAAUACGAUUAUGUCUUCGAUGUCGAUAUCGAAGAGGGCAAGCCUCCGCUAAAGCUGCCAUACAACGUGUCGCAGAAUCCAUAUGAAGUCGCGCGGAAGUUCUGCGAGGACAACAAGUUGCCGCUUACCUAUCUAGAUCAGGUUACAAAUUUUAUCGUCCAAAACACACAAGGUGCAACGCUUGGUCAAUCAAGUGGCCAAGGUGCGGACCCGUGGGGAACAGAGUCGCGGUACCGGCCAGGGGAUGCUUCGGGAUCACAAGCACCAUCUCAUGCUCCAGCCCCAAAGCCCAAGAUAUUACCCCAGAAGGACUACCUCGACAUUUUGACAGCCAACCACAAGCCGAUCUUCAAGAAAUUACAAGAGUUCAACCAAGCUUUGGUCAAUGAUGGCAAUAAAGAGUUGUCUUUCAAUCCAUCAGAUAUCGAAGAACUAGCCGUGGCCGUGGCUCUCCUCGAAAAGGGCAGCGUCAAAGACGUCGAUCCCUCUGCUAUAGGUCUCAUCGUCAAGGCGGCAACAGAAUGGCCUGAAGACAAGCGACUACCUGGGCUCGACCUACUGCGGCUCUUGUUCGCCGCUGAAGAGCCGGUCGCUUACCUUACAACAGAGCAGAAUAUACUACAGCGGCUCGCCACUUCAGGUGUUUUCGCGCCAACUUCGCCACUAAACAACACAAUGAUGGCCGUCCGAUCGUUGUGCAACCUAUUCAAAACCGACAUUGGCAGGGCCAUUGCAGGUGAGGCGUUUGACCAAAUCCAUGAUUCCGUCUCAGCCUUCCUGACAACGUCUAACCGGAAUCUGAUCAUCGCUAUCACCACCCUGUAUAUCAACUACUCGGUCCUCCUUACAGGCGACAACAAUGCCGACCAGGUAUUGUCGUUGCUGGACGAUCUGAACAAGAUCCUCCACAGCGCCAAAGACUCCGAGGCCAUCUACCGAGCUCUGGUGGCCACAGGCACGCUCCUCAGCUUAGAUAGCGACUUCUGUGAGGCUGGCAGGGACAUCUUGCAGCUUCCGUCAGCUAUCUCUGCGGCAGAGAACCAAGCGAAGGAGCCGCGUGUCAAGAAUGUGGUUGCCGAGAUUCGGCAAAAGCUUCAGUAGCGAAGACGUUCCUGAAUCAAUCUCGAC